AAUAUAAUCAGACCAUAAAUGCAGGUUGGCGAUUCUUUGCUGUACAUUCAGGUUCCUCUUCUCUUGACCUUCACCUUCACUCAUUUCUUGUCUUCUUCGGUCUCUCAUUUAGUUGCUUAAAUUCACUGGUCUUCACCAUGGUCGCCACUCGUUUCUUGAUACUCUCCAUGGCCACUGCCGUUGCUGUAGCUGGGCCUUGCAAACCCCAAAGUUCUUCAGUCGUUUUCUCUGAAACAACUCUUUCCACCUCGUUCCUUGAGACUACUUCCACCGCAGUACCCAGCGAGACCUCGACGUCCGAGCCAACAAGCACUACUAUCAUUGAAUCAUCGGUAAACUCUGACGCCGAAACUAUAACAACCACUGCCGUGACAACCUUCAGCUUGACAGAGACCACCACUGAGGCAGCCUCAACGACCUCAGAGGCUGCGGCACCUCCGCAGGAUAUUACUUGCCUUGCAUCAGACGGCCAGUGCUUUGGUGCCCUCAAGAUAGAAUGCGGUUACAUCAUCACAGGAGGCUUCGGUGCGCCUUUCCUGUCGACUCUGAACGAAUGUGUUGGUGCGUGUAAUGGCGACUCGGGUUGCGCUGGCUUUUCUCAUAAUGGUGUCAAUUGCUACUUGGUCUCAACCUAUGACUAUGCUACUGCGCCGGCGAUUGGCUGGGUGGCUGGUAAGAAGGGAGCUUGUGCUCAGUAGAUGGAACGGUCUGCUCGAUGUGUCUUGCCGUCAUGGGAUCGCAUUUACCAAGGUGCCGUCAACGGAAUUGAAUAAUGGGUCCUUAUUAGUACCUUUCAUGUAUAUAAUCUUGCAAACCCCUCUGUGAACCUAAUCACUACACUAUUAUGGCCAA